UGAGGUUGAACAAACAAGAUGUUUUUAACGAAUUAUUAUGUGAUUUUGAUUGAGUUUGGUUGUGAAUUUUGAUUUACCGAAUGAGCUAAACUAGUUCAAAAUGAGCGGAGAAAUGUAUGAUCCCGCAAGAAUUGCUCAUUACUUUCAAUUGGUCGUCGCAGUUCAAAACAAGCAGCUUAGCCAAGUAAAACAGCUGUUGAGCAUCGCUUUAGCGGACAUAAACUUUAUCAAUCUGUACGACCGGAAUCGCACCCUACUGCAUGACGCUGUAGCCUCAGGAGAUCCCGCUAUAGUAACCCUUCUGCUAUCCCACGAACCCGACACAGAAAUAGCGGAUCUUAACGGGAGGAAGCCUUUUGAACUCAGCUCGGAGCUCAAUCCAGCGGACAAGAAGGCUGUCGAUGCCGUCUUCCGGAAACAUUUCCGCACGGCUAAACGAGGAGGUCGUCUGAAACCGGAAGAAGUUGUUCGAUCCGGCGAUCUCUGCUUUACCAAACGACCCGGAACGGCCGCCGUUGGUCAGUACUAUGAAACCAAACUGCUGACGAUGGUGCUGUUCAGGGUGCUCAUUGACGAUCGGAUUGUGUCGUUUUGCAUGGGGAAUAAUCUGGACGAAGCCGGAGCCUUCGACGACGUGGUGCUGAGGUAUAGAGUGCGGACGGGGGAACCGGAUCGGUUGGUGUGCCUGCAAGCUAAGCAUCGGGAUGACAAGAAGCGAGUUGAGUUUAAGGAUUUGAUUGACGAGAAGGUCACUAAGGGGGAUCUUCAUAUGCUUAAGUAUUUCCUAAGUUAUUUGAAGAUUCGGUUGGUGUGUUCUACUAGCAGGGAUGCGAUUUUCGAAGGGAUUUUCGUAACGACGCAAGUUGAGCUAAUUCUUUUCACAACAGCUGGAUUCAACUUCACAAACAAUGUAAGGAUUUAUGAAACCCAGAAGGAAAACAUUUGGUACACUAAAGAGGAAGGGAAAACAUCACAGGUUGAAUGCACUGACACGAUGAGGCAGUUCUUUAAAACAGAAUCUAGCAAGUGGUAUCGAGAUAUGGUGUCAGACGUGUUGGCUAGGUUGUUGGUAACAGAAAAGCUGGAUACUACACGUUUAGAAGAUGCAAUUCAAAAGCUAGAAGUAACGAACUUGAUCAAGUUCAACGAAUUAGAUUUACUAGCAAUCUUGAACGAUCAAAUGGGAAGAAAUGUUCUUGAAAUUAAGAAAAGAAUCUUACCCGUUCUUGACAAAUUCCCAGGACUUUUACUGUCCCAAGAACAGCACGAAGCGUUAGUCGAAAAUUUCUUCUCCGUGCUGAGACUCUACACGGAGCAAGCAACGGAACAGGAGCUGGACGAGGUUAUACGGAAUGAUUUGAAGGGUCACUAUCGAGAGGACGUUUUCCUGAAGGCUCAUGAAUCCGUUCAGAGCUGGUGGAAGCGGUCCGGUCAGGUUCCAUUUCAGACGGAAGAGUGCAAAUUCUUUGAGAGGGCAGCCAAGGAAAUUGAGCUGGAAAAGUGGAGCUCGAACUGCGUUGAUAGAAUCAAAGGAUUUGGGGUGAAGUUCGAGGAUCGGACAUUCAAGCAUACAGAGUGGGUUGAAGUUUUGAAUGAAUAUCUAAAACAGGAUGUAUUUUGCUUGAAUUUGUUCAGUCGCACGCCAGAACUGAGCUGUUUAAAGUUAAUGCAAUACUUGGAAAAGCAUGAACAUUUCAAAGAUGUUGCGAAGCACAUCAAUUUACGUGAUUGUAAAGUAAAUGAUCUUUUGUCCAAUCUGGUUUUAUCUGAACCAAACUGCUUGAUUCUUACUAGUGAAACUGCACUGACGUGCGAAAUUGUGGAGGAAAUCAUACUGUACGCUCGAAAAUUUGUUUUUAUAUCUCCACUUCAAUGCACUGGGUACUGGAGAUCAGUACCAGACGAUUCGGAAGGACUGAAAGAUCUUGAUGAAGAAAGUCAGAAAAGGGUUCUUCUGAAAGAAGUCUGCUUCCAAAAUAUACCAACUCAAUUGAGUGCAGUGCUUGGUGAUGCACCCAGAAGUUUGGUGGAAGCAAGUAUAUUGGAAAGUCUACUUUGUGGUAAAACCUUAAACAUUUGUCAAACAUGUCUGCCAAAAAAUUGCAUCGAAAUCAUGAGUUAUUACAUUGAGCGAGGAUUCCAAGAUAGCCGCGGUUAUCCACUGGAGUUCAAGCCAUUCAACGAAAUCGGCGAUCGCAUGGUGGUUCUGGCGGCUGAGCCUGGAAUGGGUAAAUCUACAACCUUGACGGGGAUGGCAUUUGAACUAAAACGGCAUGAUCCGGCAGCAUGGGUCGUCCGAAUUAACCUGAUUGAAUGCUCCAGGCUAUUUAACCGAUGGGAUCAAGACAGAACCGUGGUUGACGAUGCGUUGGCGUAUCAAUUUUUGGUGGAUCAUUUGAGGUGUGCCUCUCCAGAUGGACCCGAUUGAUUGUUUGAGCAACUGUUGUGCGAAUGGUAUUGUAAGCAGCGAAGAAUCUUUCUGCUAUUAGACGGAUAUGAUGAGGUUAGUCCGGACUACAAUGACAUCGUUAUGCCACUCUUACAUUGUUACAGUAAUAAAUAUUGUUCGAAAAUGUGGAUUACCACUCGCACAGGAGAUGUUCAGAACGAUUUAAGUGGUAGAUUCAACAGCUUAACACAUUUUCUUGCACCGUUCAGCACCGCAGACUCGGAACAGUUUUUGUGGAAAUUCUGGAAGUACAAGCUUCAACUCAGUGACGCCAACGAACACCGGUGUCGACUCUUUCGAGCGAAGUUGUUUGAGCUGUUCAGGAACGACUACGAUAUCAAUCGAUUCAUGUGCGUUCCACUGCAGGUUAAAAUGGUUGCUACCGUCUUUCUGGACCAAGUGAAACCCUUCUGCAUGGCCGAAAGCGAUCAAGUAACGUUCAACCAACAAUUACCCAAAGAGAUGAACUUGGUAAAGCUGUACGAUCGGUUCGUCGAGAUAACAUUCAAGGAGGUGCUCGAAGAGGAGAAGAACAAAAUAGAUCUAACCAUUCCGGACAACCGGAGAAAGAUCAACAUUUGGAUGGGGGAAUGCCUGGAGAAACACAAGAAGGCUGGAAUUUACGCAACGUUCAACGAGUCAGAACGGACCGGACUAUUCACCAGGAAAGAGGUGGAAGCCAUUGACAAUCAUCUGAGGGAAGUGGAAGGAGCUGUUGAGAAAACCGGAAUCGUCUACAUUGUCGUUGGAAAGGUACCAGUUUUCAUUCAUAGAACCUACGGUGAAUACUUUGCCGCUUUGUUCCUUUGGGAUAGAUACAAAACGUUGCCCGGUGGUGAGUUCGAAGCGUUCGUCAACCACUACUUGUCUGGCAUUUUGAUCAGAGGUGAUUUAAAAGUUAAACUGUGUGAUUUCCUUCAAAUGAAAGCACAAAUUGAUAUCAACAGUGUUCAGGAAUGUUCGAAAAAGUCCAGCUAUUUGCUUAAAAGAAUGAUUGAAACCUACAGAAAACCAAACAUCUUGUUGAGCCACGAUCAGAAGACCGCACACUCUUUGUUAUUGAGAAUUGUGGAAUUCACAUUAUCUGCCCAUAGCGAUGCAAACUCACUUCGCCUUCAUAAGAUCCAACUGGAACUUUACAAAGAGUUGAGUCAAACUACAUUGGCACUGUUGCUUGGAGAGUGUGCCAAGGGUGGUUUGAUCAACCUCUUCAGCUUAAUCGCAGAAUUUAUCAAAUCUAUCAAUCAAACUCUAACAUUUUCAAAAUCAACUCUCUUCUACGCAGGUAGAACCGGUCAUAAAGGGAUAGUUCAACUCUUGCUCAAGAACGGUGUACAUCCGGAAUCCCCGACUAAUUCUGGCUACACUCUUAUUAGUAUAGCAGCUGAAAAUGGUCGUUUAGAAAUCGUCGAUCUGUUACUUGAUCGGGGUGCCAAACCCAACGGAACUAGUCGAGGGCGUGCCUGCCCUUUAUUUUGUGCUACCUUGAAAGGGCACGAGAACGUAGUCCGGUUACUACUCGAUAGGGGAGCUGAUAUCGAGAGCAGUGCCAAAGCGGAUGGCAUUACACCGCUAAUUACGGCUGCAUGUUUUGGACACCUGGAUUUGGUGAGAUUGUUCAUCGAACGAGGGGCAAAUGUAAACGAGCACGAGUUAGAAAGUGGGCUAACUGCGUUGCACCAUGCGGCCAAUGAAGGAUUUGAAGAAAUAGUGAUUCUUCUACUGGAUGCCGGAGCAGAUCCAAAUGCAGUCACGUCAAAUUCUAUUGAAACGCCAUUUGAUUAUGCUUCUCGGAAAGAACACGAUGGUAUUGUACAGCUAUUACUAAACAAAAUGUUUGAAAAAUCCAUCUCAAUGCAGUGAUUAAAA